AUGAACUGCGAGAUCUGCCACCGCGCGCAUCACCCCCAGCGACUGCCGUUCUACUGUGCGGUCGAUGCAAGAAAUCGUCUUUAUGAGAGCCGAUUAGCCCACGCCCAGAGCUUGAUCGAGAAUGAUGCACUUGAACAAAGCAUCAACGCUGUUAUAGCAGACCAAACCUCUCCGACACAACUCUCCGCUCAGUCCACAACUAUUCGUGCGCAAAAUCUCCGGUCCGAAGAGAAGAAGGCCGUAGACAGGACAAAUGAUAUCAUCGCUCAGGCGGAUAAGUUGAGGUCCGAGAUGGAGAAGGCGAGGGACGACAUCCAGAAGCGAAAGCAAGCUAUUACGAGAAGGAAGUCUGAUCUAGCCGCCGCUUCUAGUGGGAUAUCUGCGAGGCGCACCAGACAGCUCGAGGAGACUGAGAAAGCUAUUCAGAUGACCAAGUAUAAAUGGAACCGCAAGUACGACGAGAUGGCUGCGGUAAGAGGAUUUCUUUGCAAGGAGGCCGCUCAGCUGUAUGGUCUUCGGCGCUCCAAGAAAGGGAAUUCGGCGAAGUAUGAGAUAGGUGGACUUGACAUGGUUGACGUUCUCUCCCUGAGCAGCGUCGUACUCCUCGCCUAUGAUAUCGCCUGGGCGUGCUGUUCCCAGGGUGUGGCCAUCGGAGACAAGACUUCUUAUGAGGAUGUGUGCAACAUGGGUCGCAACUUGUACAAUCUCCUCAUUAGUAACCCUCUGGUAACCAACCCCGCCGGCCGGACCUUCCCACGGUCAGCCUCUUCCACUGCUGGUACCUCAGCGGAAGGAGAUUUGGCGGAGAUCGGCAAAGCAACAACGCUCAUGGGGAAGUUCUCCCAUGGUGCUGCUCAUACAUUCCUUGGUAGUGCGGAGGGUAAUGAGUUCGUCCGCAGCUUCAAACUACCAAAUCCGAUCAAGCUCGCAGACAGGUUGAAGAAGAAACUCAUCAGCGACGCCCCAAUUCCUGAUUGGGAAUUGCUUGAAGAUGAUGCCUGGGCUGUCAAUGAUGAUGGUUUGGAGGAUGGAGUGCUUGUAAAAGGUCGCAAGCAAGGGGAGUCGGAUAGGAGAGCAUAUGGUAUUGAGAGUGUGAUGACCGUCAGAACUGCUCUAGACGCACCAACGAGCCAGAGAGAUCCCGCAGACAACGAGACAGGGGUUGAGAAGACACGAGUCUCAAGCGGGAAUGGCUGGACAAAACUCAAGACAAGGUGA